AUGAGGUUCCCAGCAGAGACCUCAUUGUAUGUACUUCGAUCCUUGUUAUGGAUCUUCCUGAUCAGCUCUGUGCACUCAGAACUGGAUGAAGACUGCGAUAAUGGCAAGGCAAAACUGGAGAUAGACCUUCCUAAAUCUGAUGAACUCGUAUGUUCAGAUUCUAAAUCACUUUCAACAGAGAGGCUUCCUGAUGUUUCCAUAACGUAUCCUCUUCAGCCAACUCACCAAGUCUGCAUGGAUACACCCAUCAUUUACAAUCACACCAUUCCCAACAGUGGAGCUCACAGGCCUGUAGGAGCACAAAAUGGAGAGUACUGGUACUGCCCCCCUCAGCGCUGGAUAAACAAUCUAAAGGAUGGCGCCGUAGUGCUCCUGUUUCACCCCUGUGCUCCAGAGGAAGCUCGUAUGAGUCUGGCCAUGAUGGCUCACUCCUGCCUUUCUCAUUUUAUCCUCACAGUUCAUCCCCAACUCAGCACAGACAGACCGUAUGCUCUGGUCUCCUGGGGUCGGACAUUAGAGAUGUCCCACAUCACCGCAGCAGGAGUUUGUGAGUGGUUACACACAGCUUUCUCCAGCGUAAACCUAAUUACAGAAAACAAAAGACACAAUUACAGUCUUUAUAUGACAAAGGCUGUACUAGUGGACAGAGCACUGAGGACUACAGUAAAGUCUGUAAGAAUGUGCUGUCUGGAGGCUUUGUCAAGAUAUAAGAGGACAGCAAGAGCGAGGAAGAGACGAGCAGCUCUCAGGCCUCCAAAAACAGAAGUAAAGGGACAAGAUGAACGCUCAGAAAAACCUGCUCUCAGGACCUCUGACUCCAUAAAGCUUGACCCUACCAACACAAAACUAUUAAACAUAAGUAAGGACAACAGUUUACCCUCAGUGGGUUCUCAUGACCCUAACCCAGUGAAACAUGAUGAAGGUGGUGUAGAGAUGCAUGAAAGGACAUCAGAGAAAAGGAAUCAUCCCAGCGGAGGUAAAACAGAGCAGGACAAGGAGUUUAGUAAACCUCAUUUACAGAUGGAUGUAAAGUCUAACCAGAGUUCUGAAAAGCAUCACAUUAGGACAGAUACAAAGGAGCAGAGUACAGAAGAAGGCUGUGGAGGUCACUGUGGACCUCCUGAAGUCGUGUUGGAAGGGUCUUUACGAGGCCGCAAGAUGCCUGUCCCGCGCACUGAUGAGGCGGUAUGGGCAGCAGUGGCUCUAGGCUUCCUGUUGGUGCUGCUGACACUCUCAAUACUGCACACACGUCUGUACCGUCACUGGCGUGCACCAGCCAGUCUGUACUGGCAGGAGAACCAACAGGACUACGAGAGUGUUGCAGACAUAAUUCGCAGGAGGCUAAAGAUGGUGGGCAGGAGAAAAAGAAGGGCGAGUAAAAUUCGGAGGAAGGAGUGCCUUCUACUACCUAACACCAGCACAGAUAAUGACUCUGAUUGACUCACUUCUGAGAAAUCUGAUCUGCCUGUAAAUGUUGGCAGAACUGCUAAUGAAUGUGGAACAUCAACAUGAUAUACAGUAUUCAGAAUUUAAUCACAACACCCCCAAAAGGGUGCUUUUAUUCUACAA